AUAAGGCUAAUGCGCAAUUAAAUCACCAUUACCAUCAACCCACGAUCACCAGCAAUUUCAAAGUUUUGUUGUCGUUUAAUUUUGUUUCAUUUUAAAACAAACAUGACUGUCGAAAAAGCUCAUUUAUUUCAGUCUGGUGAUCCUUCGAUUCAGCAGUUUUUGGAUUUAGGAGUGGAAUUAGAAAAGCAGGAGCUUAUGGCACCAGAUGGAAUUGCCUCACCUCAACUUUAUGGUCAAUUAUUAGCAAUUUACUUGCUUCAAAAUGAUUUACCAAAUGCAAAAUACUUAUGGAAGCGGAUUCCUCGUAAUGUCAAAGAGGAGAAUCCUGAGGUUGCUAAAGUUUGGAAUAUUGGUCAAAAAUUGUGGACUUGUGAUUCAGACGUUUAUGUUGCUUUGAAUGAAGAAUGGCCUGAACAUCUGAAACCUAUUAUUACAGCAAUCCUAGAAACCACCAGAAGUAGGGCAUUGCGUCUAGUGUCCAAAGCUUAUUCAUCUAUUAGUGUGGAAAAAUUAUCUUCAUUUUUAGGAUUGCCUGCUGAAGAAUGUAUUGAAGGUCUCUCUCAACUGGGUUGGGAAGUUGAUGCAGCAUGUAAAAUCAUGAAACCAAAAGAAACUGAUAACAAAUCUGAAGAUAACCUUUUGAGUGAAGAGCAGUUGGCCAAACUUACAGAUUUUGUAGCUUUCUUGGAAAAUUAACUUUGUUGCUUGUUUUCCUGUUUUUUUAAUAACUUGUAUAUUAUUCUGUAAAUUAUUUUAAUUAAACACAUUUAAAAGCAAAA